AUGUCUGAACAAAAUGCCCAAGAUGAAAAUAGUGUUGCUACAGAACAAAAUUCAAUGGUACAACGUAUAUCACUUGAAGUAAAACGUCGUGAACCAAGUUCAAUUAAUGAACUUGUAUUAGAUAAUUGUGCACGUUGUUAUUCUAUCCAAGGUUUAACAGAUGAAUUCUGUAAUUUACGUGUCCUUUCAAUAAUAAAUGUUGGCCUUCAAUCACUUGCGAAAUUUCCAUCAUUACCUAAACUUCGAAAAUUAUAUCUUAGUGAUAAUCGUUUAAGUUCAGGAUUGGAAAACCUUGAAGGUUGUUCAAGUUUAAUUUUACUUGUACUUGCUGGAAAUAAAUUUAAAUCAAUUGAUGAACUUAAACCAUUAAUUAAAUUAUCAAAAUUAUCAAUUUUGGAUUUAAUGAAUUGUGAAGUUACAUCUAUCGAUGGUUAUCGAGAAACUAUGUUUAAUAUGUUAACACAAUUAAAAUUUUUAGAUAAUGCUGAUAAAGAGGGUGUGGAAAAGUAUAGUGAUGAUGAAGAUGAUGACGAUGAAGAAGAAGAAGGAAAUGAAAAUGGUGCAUCGGAUGAUGAAGAUAAUGAUGAAGAAGAUGAAUAUGAAGAGGAAGAUCAUAAAACUGGUUUGAAAGCAUUGUAUAACGGCACGUUUGAAGAAGGUGAUGAUGAUGAUGAAGAAAGUUAUGAAGGCAAUGAAGAGGAAGAAGAUGAAGAAUCCGAUGAAGAUGAUGAUUUAUCUGAAGGUGGUGAUGUUUCAGCAAAUCCAGUUGAAGAAACUGCAAAAGGUGAAAAACGUAAACGUGCCAUAGAUACUACAGAAGAAAAUGAUACUGAUGGUCCACCACAAAAAAUCUAA